AUGUCUCCAACUGAUACUUUAUUAGUCACUAAUUUGAAAAAGCAUUUUGCAAAAUAUCAUAAAACUGAUUAUCAGAAAAUUUUAGAAAAACAAAAAAAGAGAUUCAAAAACAUUAAAGAAAUUAAUCAUAUUCAAAGAAAAGAAAAAGAAAAACCAAAUAUUAUUACUACUCAAAAUAACAUUCAAGAAAUUUUAUCAUAUAAUAGUAAUAAAUAUUAUGCGAUUGUUCAAGAUGAAGUUAAUGAUAAUACUAUUAAUGAAAUUAAAGAAAUUAUUGAAACUGGCUAA